AUGGACUCAGGAGACAAUAGGUACAUUCAUGUGGUUGACGACGACACCAACGAUCCUGAAGCAACAGAAUCCGAAGCCGAACAGCCACGACGAGUUCAAGCAUUUUCCGUAAUACUGGAAGAAGGAGGUGACAGGAAACCUAUAGGGACUGUCAUAUAUAAGAGUAUAUACACAGUAAUUCUGUCAAAGAAAUUUAACGUGCUGAUUCCCUUCGGACCUCUAGCAAUCCUUGUCCAGAAAAAGACUAAUCGAGACGGCUGGGUCUUUAUUAUUGGUUUACUGGGUAUAAUGCCGUUGGCAGAGCGGUUGGGUUAUACCACAGAGCAGUUGGCUUUUUACAGUGGACCUACAGUUGGGGGUCUUCUAAAUGCUACAUUUGGGAAUGCGACGGAACUUAUUAUAUCGAUUUAUGCAUUAAGAACUGGAAGGAUACGUGUAGUUCAGCUGUCGUUGCUCGGGUCGCUCCUGUCGAACUUGUUGUUCGUUCUCGGGAUUGCAUUCUUCUCCGGUGGGAUUGUUCGAAAGGAUCAGUUUUUCGACAAGGCAACUGCUGUUGUGAAUUCAGGGCUUCUGUUGAUGGCAAUGAUGGGACUACUCUUUCCAGCAACACUCCACAGCACAGGCACCGAAGUGCAUUUUGGGAUAUCAGAGUUGGCUCUUUCAAGAGUUAGUAGCUGUGCCCUGAUUCUAGUCUAUGCCAUCUCCAUCAUUUUCCAGUUAAAGAAUCUAAAUGACAUGGAAGGAAGUCAGGCUGCAGAAAUCAUAGAUGGCGAUGAAGACGAAGAAGCAGGUCCCGAGAUCUCGAAAUGGGAAUCCGUGAUCUGGCUAACAAUUACAGCAGCUGCAAUUUCGAUCCUAUCGGAAUAUCUGGUUGAUGCCAUUGAGGGAACAUCUCUAUCAUGGGGUGUACCAGUUGCUUUCAUUACUGUAAUCUUGCUUCCAAUAGGAGGAAACACAGCAGCAGUUACCACUUCAGUCAUGUUUGCAUUGAAAGACAAACUUGAUGUGUCUUUGGGAGUGGCAAUAGGGUCAUCAACGCAGAUUUCUAUGUUCAUAAUUCCCUUUUGUGUGGUAACUGGAUGGAUAUUUGGUUUCCCUGUGGAUUUGAACUUUCAACCUUUUGAGACAGCAACUCUGUUCAUGACUGUUCUAUUUGUAGCUUUCAUAACUCAGGAAGGAACUUCUAAUUACUUCAAAGGUCUGAUGCUGCUUUUCUGCUAUUUCCUAGUGGCUGCAAGCUACUUCGUACAUGAAGACCCUUCCACUUGAUACAUCUGAUGCAACUCAGCUCAUGCAACAAUCAUUUUAUCAC